AUGAAGGCCAUUGAGGCGGCCCGCUCCUUGCAGGAGGCCACAGCAGACAGAACACAGACUGGACCGCGGGGCUUCGGAGGGAGUUCUUGUCAAUUGGGUUUUCGCGCCGUCCUGAGCUCAGAGGGCGGAGCUUACGACUGCUUUGUGGAGGCUGCGCGGACGAUUAAAGAGAGUGCAUCACAGACAAGGAAUGUCCUCAAACAGCAUUUUAGUGAUUUAAAAGAGACCCUUGGGAAGCUCCUGGAUGAGCGGCUGGUGACUCUGUUGCAAGAGGUAGACGCCAUUGAGCAGGAAACCAUGAAACCACUAGACGACUGCCAGAAGCUCAUAGAGCACGGAGUGAACACUGCAGAGGACUUAGUCCGAGAAGGUGAGAUUGCCAUUCUUGGAGGUAUAGAGGAACAGAAUGAGAAACUGUGGAGCUUUACCAAAAAGGCCUCACACAUUCAGUUGGACAGCUUACCAGAAGUGCCUUUGCUGGUUGAUGUGCCUUGUUUAUCUGCUCAGUUGGAUGAUUCUGUUCUGAACAUAGUGAAAGACCACAUUUUUAAGCACGGAACUGUAGCAUCCCGUCCACCAGUACAGAUAGAAGAGCUGAUAGAGAAGCCUGGGGGCAUCAUUGUGCGAUGGUGUAAGGUGGAUGAUGACUUUACAGCCCAAGAUUACAGGCUUCAGUUCCGUAAAUGCACUUCAAAUCAUUUUGAAGAUGUAUACGUAGGAUCUGAAACUGAAUUCAUAGUACUGCACAUAGACCCCAAUGUUGAUUACCAGUUCAGAGUCUGCGCUCGAGGAGAUGGCCGACAGGAGUGGAGUCCUUGGAGCGUCCCCCAGAUAGGUCAUUCCACAUUGGUGCCUCAUGAGUGGACAGCUGGCUUUGAGGGAUACAGUUUGAGCAGUCGAAGAAAUAUAGCACUCCGGAAUGACUCUGAGUCCUCGGGUGUACUCUACUCCAGAGCUCCAACCUAUUUCUGUGGACAGGACCUCAUGUACAGGGUUGAAACUGUGGGGCAGCCAGACCGCCGAGACAGUAUAGGAGUGUGUGCGGAAAAGCAGAGUGGAUGCGACUCUCUGCAGCGCGACCAGGCGGUGUGCAUCUGUACCAAUGGUGCAGUUUUUGUAAAUGGAAAAGAAAUGACUAACCAGUUGCCUGCAGUUACCUCUGGAUCUACUGUCACAUUUGACAUCGAAACUGUGACUCUAGGAACCACCAAUAAUAAUGAAGGCGGAAACUUCAAGCUCCGAGUAACUAUUAGCUCAAAUAACAGAGAAGUGGUUUUUGAUUGGUUACUUGAUCAGUCUUGUGGUUCUCUUUACUUUGGAUGCUCAUUUUUCUAUCCUGGGUGGAAAGUGUUAGUGUUUUAGAGUUUUUUGUUUUGUACUGGGGAUCGAACUCAGGACCUUGUGCUUGCGAGGCAGGCAGCAGCACCACUGAGCAAAAUCCCCAGCCUUCUUUUAGAGUUUUGGAUGCUUGGCUUCAGUUUGCAAAGUUACCAUUGCUGUCCUCAGCCCAGUAUAGUUGUAACUGAUUAAAGAAAAGUUGAAUUCAUCUCUCAGGCCUUUGGAAAUGGAAAAUGUUUACUGGAUUCAUUUUGUAAUAUAGUAUUUUAGCAAUAAGAGAAUUGAAUGGUAGGGACAAACCAUAAUUUAACAAUUUUUUUUUAGUAUAUUGUCAAUUAAAAUAUCGCAUUAUAAUAAAAAUCAAAUUGGCUUUAAAAGUCUAGGAAGAUACAAAAAAGUUCUAUACCCUCUACGGUAGUUCUUCUUAUACUUGGUUAUUAAAAUAGAAGAACUUAAUGUACCAUUAUUUUAUUAAAUCUCCAUCAGGAUUGAAGUUCACAUAAAACUCUGGAAUAAAACAGCACGAAUCGACCCCACAGAAGCCACUCGUGUGUCCUCCACGAGUGUGCUGACUGUACUCCUCCACGUUCAGGUAUUUGGAAGCUGUGUUGAGUUUAUCCCUUAUGUCCGGAAAACUUAUCGUUUCUGCACUUUUUCACAGUGCCUGACAGUGUCUGCAGUAGGCAGUGUUAUCUUUUGCUCUUUCCUCACAGUCUGACUCUGGAUAGGUUUGAGGGUCUAUGCGGGAUGAAACUCCCAGGAUGCAGCAGUGUCAGCGUCGUGCAGUGCGGUCUCAGCGGUGUGUGUGCUAUUUGUGGCGAGGUGUCGUCCAGUUUGAUGUCAAAGAAUGGUCUUUUAAUGGACCAAAGAAAUUCAGGGCAAAACUUGACCUAUUUUUUUAAAUUUAAAUUUGUGUACAAUAUUUAUUUGAAGGGCUUAAUAUGUAAAAAUAAUGGCCUUACCUUGCUAUACCAGCGUACAGAUUUUUUAAAUGUGAAUUUUCUUUUCAUAUUUACCAGUACUAGAAAAGUGGGAGAGCAGUUUUGAUAUUUUUGUAAGAUAAUUUAUUUGGGGAUUCAUGUUCCCCAUUAGACAAUCAUGAUCUUUCUCUUUGCCUUUAUAAAUGUAAGUAGCCUUUCACAUGUUUAGUGACUGUUAAGAGGUUCUGGCAUAUAGGUGUCUUGUCCAGCUGUCUGAAACAAAAUAAAAAAC